AUGUCUGCUCAGACAGAAAACAUAGAUGUAGCAUUAGGAGUCUCUUUGGAGACUGGUCCAAGCUGGCUUCAUGAAAAUGUCCAUCAAAAAUACACUACUGAAUGUCCUGCCGUUCCCUUCGAUGAAGAUCCACUUACACCAAGUGACCAUGAAGAAGAUCUUUAUUCAUCCUUAUCUGAAGGCCUAAGUGAGUUGAGUGUUCUUUGCGAGAUGGAGUUCAGCUCAGACUAUGUGACAUUUUUUGAGGAACAUCUGAAGACGUUACCCAGUGUUGGACCUCCUACCAUCCUUGCAUACAAACGAGAAUCUUCUGAGUUGGACAGAAGUCUUGCCAUGGCAAGGAUUGUGAGGCAGCCAUCAGUAAAGGGAAUAUGUGAAUUCUGUGAAAAUCCGCUGAGGGCUUUUCCUCUACAAUAUCCUAAGGAUAUGCAUUUUUCUGAUGAGUCUUUCUGCUGCAGGAGAUGUAAGAGUGUGUUUGAACAUGUAGUCCAAGAACAAAAGCACCUAUUUGAAAAAGACCAAGUUGAGACUAUAGCAAUCGAGCCUCAUGGACCUUACGGUAGCGAAGAUGAGAGACAAAAAGCAAAGGAAAAAACUGCACAAAGAAUUCGAGAGAGACGGUUAGCAAAAUUCUAUGCAUCUGUGACAAUGGAACCUACCACCUUUCCUGAAUAUGGAAAACCCCUGAAAACCAUUUCUUAUCAAUUAUCAAAUGCCCCACCUGAUAAGGACAACUGGACCAUGAAGACUGACGCCACAGAAGCACAAAUGGAUACAGAUGCAAUGGACAAUGAGUUUACCUUCUGUGACUUUACUUUAACAAGUGAAAAGGCACCGCUACAGUUUGUUGAAAAAUAUUACAGAACAGGAAGGAAAUUCCUCACGAUUUUUCCUGACGGAUCUGCACAAAUAUUUUAUCCAUCAGGAAAUCUGGCUAUCAUUGUGGCGGUGAAUAAACUCAAAGAAUCUGUCUGCAUAGUUCAAGAAGAUAAAGCAGACAAUGCAGGGAUUCAGGCUGUGUUUGGUUCUUCGGGAACAGCCACCUGUUAUCAUCCAAAUGGAGUUGUUUGGAUACAUUUAAAUCCAGUAGGCGGACAGUACUUGGACCAGAUAGGCAGAAGGCUGAGAAGAUGGAACUGGAAAAGUAGUUUGUCUCCUGAACCCUGUGUUCAAUUUAAGCCAAUUUUCAUAUCCUUGAACCAUCAUAUUGGUGUCAGAAUAAUUGCACAAGACCAAAUGUUUGUCUCUUUCUUGGCAAUGGGAAAACAAGCUAAGCUCAAUGUUGGGGGAAGAGGACCACUGAAAACACAGGUGGAAAAAAUAGAUGCCAACCAGCAGCUGAAGAAAGAAGUAUCAGAAGACCAACUGAUUCUGUUUGCCACCAAGAUCCAAAUCCUAAGCCUGCUGGAUAAAUUGCAUGAAUAUUUGAAUUUUCCUUCCAACAAACAAUGGGACAAAAUAAAGCCACCAUCAUUCCUUGUAGCGCAGGCACAGAAGGUCAUGAACCUCUGCAGUAUUUGCAAUAUGAGUAAGGAUGUUCAUUCUUCUAUAAUAGCUAUCUUGGGGAAGCUAACUGGAUAGAAACUUGCAAAUUAAGAUUUAAGUAUGUUUUUUUUGUUACACAAGGAGAUAUCUGGGUAAAUACUGUCAUUAUUGAAAAUGUUUCCCAGGGGAUCAUUUCACAUACCAGGCAACUUGAUGAAACAUUUUAUUUUUUUUAAGUUACGCAUUAAAAUGAACAAAACCUUGCAUAUUGUCAUUUUUACAUUUCAUUAGCAUUAUGCAUGGGGGAAAGUGACUGAUCUUUAUAUUGCAAAUAUACUGAGAAGAUAGAAUGCGAAUCACUUCAUCUCCUGCACAUAGAUUAUUAAAAUGAACCUUACACCAA